AUUACUCACAAAAUUCAAACACUUUUCUUUUAUCUUUCUUUCUUGUGAGCGUUUUUCAGAUUGUGUUCUUCUUCAACGGUUCAACCUUCCUUUCUUUUUACUUUUUUUCCCCUUCUCUAACUCCCCGCUUCUCUGAAUCCCUUUCUGUUAAUCAUCUGCCUUUCAAGCUAAAAUAUAUUUUGGGCUUGUCUCUAGAAUCUUAACAAGAAUCAAACUUUAUAAGUUGUUUCUAGAAAGCCAGGUGUUUUCAGAAUCGAGAUCCAGCUUUUUGUUUGCAACAAAGAUUUUUUUUUCUUUUCAGAUCUUUGAAUUAAGCCAAAGAGGGUUGUUUUUGAUCCCUCAAAGCUUCAUUAUUUUUCGAUUAAAGGGGUUGUGUAUUUUAAACCUCUUCAAUCUUCUUUGUUUAGUUUCUUCCUUUUUUUUUAGUCUUUCUCAAGUUUUAACCAAAGCACAGGUUAAUUUUACCUAGGUCUACGUUAUUUUAUUUCAAUUUUGUCAUUUCGUUUGUUGAAUGUUUAUGUCAGCCACAAUGGAUCAAUACACACAACAGUUUCACUCGGAUCCAUUUCAAGGGGGUGAGUUAAUGGAAGUACUUCAACCUUUUUAUAGAAGUCUUUCUACGACAACAACCACCACCACCACAAGCACAAUUACUUCAUUACCCUCAUCAUCUAAUUCCCAUCUACCUUCAACUUCCACCACCUUGAAUUCUUCUUACUACAAUCCUUCUAUCAACUAUUCUUCUUCUCCACAGCCUGAUUUCUACACUCAGCAUGGUUGCCCUUCAAUGGUGACCCCUUUGUUUCCUUCACGUUUAUCAAACAGCCAGAAUUUCAUUGGGUUUGAGCAACCACCGUUUUCUUCUUCUAUUGGGCUCAACUAUCAGAUCCAGGCCCAAUCACAAACUCAACAGAGCAACACCCUAAGCUUCCUUAGCCCAAAGCCAAUACCCAUGAAACAAGGCCCACCAAAGCCCACAAAACUCUACAGAGGCGUACGGCAAAGGCAAUGGGGAAAAUGGGUGUCUGAGAUCAGACUCCCAAGGAACCGCACUCGGCUUUGGCUUGGAACUUUCGAGACUGCCGAGGAAGCUGCUUUGGCUUAUGAUAAAGCGGCUUUUAAGCUAAGAGGUGAUUUAGCGAAGCUCAACUUCCCUAACCUUAAGCACCACGGUUCUUGCAUCGUUGGCGGCGGUUUUGGGGAGUAUAGGCCUCUUCAUUCCGCUGUUGAUGCCAAGUUGGAUGCUAUCUGUGAAAAUCUCUCUCAGAUUCGGAAACAAGGGAAGCAGGGAAAGAAGCCUGUGAUGAGGUUAAAGUCAAAGUCAAAAGCAACAACUCCAAAGGUAGAAGGAGAUGAUGAUGGUUGUUGCAAUGUUGAGAGUGAAGAAGCCUCUGCGGGGUCUUCUCCUUUGUCUGAUCUUACGUUUGAUGACGUCAGUGAGUCACAGUGGGAUGCUCCUUCAGAACAUUUUUAUCUGCAGAAGUUCCCUUCUUAUGAGAUCAACUGGGAUUCUCUAUGAAGUUAUUAACUUUUACUAGUUGUUGUCUUGUUGAGUCGUAUUCAUAAAGCAUGGAUUAUUAUAGUUAGGUGUAUUUGUAGGUGGGUAGUGUCUGCAAUGAGUUUUUGAAAAUUGCAGUGCUACUAAUCUUUUUCUUCGUAGGAUUUGGGAAUUUGGAUAUUGAUUUUGAUGUCAAUAUGAUGUAAAUCUGUCUCUAGCGUGGCUCAGCUCCUUUUUUUUCUUGCUGGGCCAGGCAGAAUGACUUCGGUUUAGCUUUUAUUCUCUCUGUUUCUGGUUAUUUUUUUAAUUUUAGGUAAUUCAGUUCCAUAUUGUAUUAUUCACCUUAUGAAUAUAUGUUGUACUUGUUUGGUUUC